AUGGUGAGAAAGUCAUGCGAGCAAGUGCGCUCACCCGAUUCGCUGAGCCAGAAAGAUAUAGUGGAACAAGACCCCCCCAAGAAACCCCACACCGUAAUGUUCCUUCUCCUACCUCAUAAGCCGCGGGCAGCUACAAAGAAAGGUACCUAUCCGGACUGGACCUUCCAGAUCUCAACUCUUCAAUUCUCCGUGAACCUCAACUCCCAAGAAACACCACCGAUGACCUCAGCGCCCCUGAAGCGAAAGAGCCGAGCCACUGCCGGUACUCAAGAGCUUUCUCGUGCACGGAGGAUGCAUCCCCGUCACCGUUGCAUUGCUCCUGCGCGCUCCAACCUCGUCUCCAUAUCCGUGUCCCCCAAUUGCCCGGGGUCUUGUCUACUCCCAGUCGCCAAACUACCUAUGUACGUUGUACUCGCCAAACUCGGAAGAGAUCCUUGGCAGUCCCCAGCCCCCUCGUACAUACGGGGUAGUAUCAUGUCUGGAUCCAUCCAGAGCAAACAGCAACCCCAUGGGCUGUCCAACCAUCGCUGCCGAACGGCGGCCUCCGACCUCACGACGUCCAUCGACCCUCUUAGGAUUUCCUUCCCUUUGAGACUGGGCGUUGUGCCACUGCCGUCACUGCCCGUCGACCACGUCGGGCCAUCUCUCCCUUGUCUUGAGAGCACUAGAGCAUGCCGGAAGUCUUGGGAAGUCGAGACCAGCCCAGCCCACAUUAAUUUCCUGCCCCAUCUGCAGCUCAUGAGGCCCCCCCAGUGCUAA